UGUUAUCAUUGUUAUAUUUCCGAGUUAUUCGAGUAGAAAUUCGUUUAAGUGAAUUUUAAUUUAACAUUAAUCUAACUAAUAUGCUAAAAUACAUAUUUGUAAUUAUAUUUCAUAUAGUUUCAACUGUUCUAAAAAGUUUCAGUGCAUUCUACAUAAAAAUGCGUAGUAGUUUUUGCGAAACUUUUAAAAUAGAAGAGCUGCCGGAUAAUGCAUCCGGUACUGAAGCUAAUAUCAACGUUCACUCGAACCAAAGUAAUUUGCCGGUUGAAACAGUCCGAUCACGCUUUCAGAGAGUUCUUGGAAAAAAAUCGGAGGGAGCAUGUGACCGUAAACUAAAUGCGCUGUCGUCAUAUGCGCGGACAGCUCGUUUGUCGAUCGGUACGGCUGCUGCUGGGAUCGGAAAUUUAUUCUCGCGCAAAAUGGCAGCCAGUACAAACACAAACACGAUUCCUUGGUCAAAUACCGAAGAUGACUAUGAAAUAGGGGAUGUAAUCGGUGUUGGUGCCACAGCAGUAGUGUACAGUGCAUACUGUAAGCCAAGAGGUGAAAAGUGUGCUAUAAAAAGAAUAAAUUUAGAAAAAUGGAAUACUUCGAUGGAUGAGUUAUUAAAGGAAAUACAGGCAAUGUCAAGUUGUAAUCAUGAGAAUGUCGUUACAUAUUAUACAAGUUUUGUGGUGCAUGAUGAGCUGUGGUUGAUCUUAAAGCUUCUUGAAGGAGGCAGUCUUUUAGAUGUCAUCAAACAUAAAAUAAGAGUAAGCAAUUGUGUCAAUGGAGUUUUUGAUGAAGCUACAAUUGCUACUGUUUUAAAGGAAGUGCUAAAAGGUUUGGAAUAUUUCCAUAGCAAUGGACAAAUCCACAGGGAUGUCAAAGCUGGUAAUAUAUUACUAGGUGAAGAUGGAACUGUGCAGUUGGCAGAUUUUGGUGUUUCUGCAUGGCUGGCUACUGGUAGAGAUAUGUCUAGACAAAAAGUUAGACAUACUUUUGUUGGUACACCAUGCUGGAUGGCACCAGAAGUCAUGGAACAAGAUCAUGGCUAUGAUUUCAAAGCUGACAUUUGGUCAUUUGGAAUAACUGCCAUAGAAAUGGCUACAGGAACUGCUCCAUACCAUAAAUACCCUCCAAUGAAAGUGUUGAUGUUGACAUUGCAGAAUGAUCCUCCUAAUUUAGAUACAGGAGCUGAAGAAAAAGAUCAAUAUAAAGCUUAUGGGAAAACAUUCAGGAAAAUGAUAGUGGAUUGCUUACAAAAGGAUCCAACCAAGCGUCCAACUGCUACAGAGUUGUUAAAGCAUCCUUUUUUCAAAAAAGCCAAAGAUAGAAAAUAUUUAACUCAAACUUUGGUUGCCAUAGGGCCCAGCAUGGAAACUAGAGUAACAAAGGCAAGCAAAAAGCAUUCUGCUACGUCAGGUCGUCUUCAUCGUACAAUGACUGGAGAAUGGGUGUGGAGUGAAGAAGAGGAAGGCGGUGUUGAUUCCGAUGAUGAUACUCCUACCAAAGAUGAUCAACUUCCUAUGAACAAGAUUCAAAAGGCAGAAUCUAGUGCCAGUGAAAAUGAAGACGAAAUUUCAACUGAUUCUAAGCAACAGCCAGUUCAGCCGCAACAAACACAGCCUCAAGUAGUCCAGGCGCAACCACUAUCGAAUAUGUCUCAGACCCAAUCACUACAGGCAUUGCCACAACCACACCAAACACAGCUACCUGCACAAAAAUUGCAACUAGAUCAACCGCUAUCUCAAUCUACAUCGCAGCAGCCGCAAGCUGCGCAGCCACAGCGUCAAGUCGUUCAGCCGCAGUUAUUGUUGGCACAGCCACAAUCCCAACCGCAAAUUAUUGCGUCGCAACCGCGAAUGAUGCAAUCGCAGUCACAAAUGGUUCAGCCCCAACCACAGUCGCUACAGUUACAAUCACAAUUGGUGCAGGCGCAAAAUCAAUUACAGGCGGCAACCACACAACCGCAAUCAGCACAGAUGCCACCGCAAUUGGCACUACCACAUCCUCAAUUGGCAUUGCCACAAUUGCAAUCAGCACUGCCACAAUUGCAAUCGGCUCUGCCACAAUUGCAAACAGCUCUGCCACAACUACAAUCUGCUCUGCCACAACUGCAAUGUGGUGUAUCACAGUUGCAAUCGGGAAUGCUGCAACUGCAGUCAAAUUUACCCCAAAUGCAAUCGGUAUUACCCCAAUUGCAAUCGUCAAUACCGCAAUUACAACCAGUACUACCGCAAAUGCAAUCAGCACAGCCGCAACCUCAAUCAGCACAGCCACAACCCCAAUCACCACAGCCGCAACACCAAUCGGCACAGCCGCAACCCCAAUCGGCACAGCCGCAACCCCAAUCAGUACAGCCGCAACCCCAAUCAGUACAACCGCAACCCCAAUCAACACAACUGCAACCCCAAUCAGCACAACCGCAACUACAAUUGGCACAGUCAAACCCGCAAUCAACACAGCCAAAACCCCCACCAGUGCAACCAAAACCACAACCAACUCAGUCGCAGUCGCAACCUGAACAACCACCAAAAGCACAACCUGUUAUUAUGAAGAUUGUUCCCACAGUUGUCAAUUUGGUCCUAAGAUUGAGGAAUUCUCGCGGCGAGUUAAAUGACAUUCGAUUUGAGUACGUCAUUGGGAAGGACACUGCUGAAGGGAUAGCUUCAGAACUAGUAGGUGCUGGGUUGAUUGACCCUAAUGAUUCAGUGCCUAUAUCGUCGAAUUUGGCAAAACUACUUAAUGGCCAUGUUGCUGCUAUGCAGACCGCUCCUAAAGCUAUUACAUUCCAUUUGAAUUCAUCCAGGCCCAAUCAAACUUAUGACGACAAAGCUUUGAUUGGAUUUGCACAAAUAACAAUCGUUGAGUAAUGUUGAAGAUUGGGUAGCAUUGGUGUACUGAAUAUAAUGAACAAAACUAGGACAAGCUUCUAUAUAAAAACAGAAAACUAUUGAUAACUAAAUUCAAGAAUGAAGUUUUUUGAGCAGAAAUUGAAACACUUCCAUAUGAAUUUUAGGCAAUUGAAGGUCGUAUUGUAAUUUUUCUAUAUGUUCGAUAGUUUUUAAUUUAUGAAACCAUUUAUAUUAGAUUUCAACGGUUAUGAACAAGCUGGGCUUAGUGACUUGCAAUAUUUUUAUAUGUUACUUUAAAUCGCUGGUUAGUGUUCCAUCAAACCAAAGAAUCGUAGUCUUAACAGAUUCAAUAUCAAACUUAAUUUAUAGUGGAUAGUGUGCUGUGUAUGAAAUACAGAAUUCUAGUUAGGAUAGCUUAAACUAGAACAGCAUGCCGGGAAUUAAAUUAAAUUAUAUGUUUAAAACAGGCUUGAAUGAAGCUAGAAAGAAAAGUAAUGAUCUUGAACUAUAGUGCAGGGCUAUUAAGAAUUUUUAUAGUACUGAGUAAAGUGAUUGAAAGACUGGUGAAGACUUACAGUACAGGUAUAUAUUAAAAAGGGAAUUUGAAAAGAAUGAGUUUUCAUUAUAUUUUGGAUCUGACUGUCGAUUUAGCACAAAAUCCAGAAACAUAGGCACAUAGGUUAUUGGUAGUACUAUUUGAUUUAUUUUUGAUUAAAUUAAAUUAUUGAUUGAUUUUUUAAUAAGUUCAAUUGUUGGAUUUAUUAAUCUAUACUGCCUGUUUCAAAUUAAAUAUACUUAAAGGUUUUUUUCUAGGCACACUUUGAUGGUUCAUAUUAAAAUUUCUGUGAAAUUAUUGUACAUCCAUUCCUCAUCUGUAAUAUUAGUAAUAAUAAUUCUGGGAAUUCCAUUAUCUUGUAUUGAAAAACAAUGUAUAUUACUUUUUACACCUUUAAAUUAUCAGACGCUGUUUAAUCAUAGAGUGAACAAAAGAUAGUACCUGCCUAUUUAUGCCGUGCAGUAGAUUUGCCUUCUGAUUUCGGGAACAGUAGACCAGCCGUUAUACAAUAAAAUGAGUUCAUAUCUGAAGGUGUGAGGCGUCAUUUACGUUGUAAUAUCUAUAGAUUGCUGUUCCCCCUAACAUCUGGCGAUUCAUUUUAGGCAACGGUCAAUGGAAUUUAACAAAUAGGUAGGUACUACUACUAAUAUUAAAUGUACU